AUGGCCGACAAGGAGUGCGUUGUUUGCACCAAGCCUGCUUACAUCUGGUGCCAACGCUGCGCCGAAACUGAAGUUGGUGGCCGUCCACUAAAUGUGCGUUGGUAUUGCACACCAUUGUGCCAGGAGGCAGACAGGCUUACACAUCAGACGACCUGCUUUAGCAAGGAUGACAAGAAGGACCUCCUCGAUCGCGCAUAUCGGGCAGGCGAACUCGUACAGGUCAUCUUCUACUCUUUCAUCGAGCACACUUGGACAUACGACAUGAGCAACAUCAAAAUCAUCCCAGAUCGGGAUCGCGAGAUCAGAGCGCUUGAGGUCACUCGUGGUCCAGGCAAUGACAACGGCCCUGGGGGAGAGAGCACUUGCGAACAAUAUGCUGGUGGCUGGCUGUACAAGAUCCCGCCUGAGCUCUUCAGGUCAGCAGCUGAACAAAAGGCAAAGCACAUGUUGUUGGCUGAUCAGCGCUCAGUGUGGAUGUUCAUGAACAUGCACUUCGUUGUGCGGGCCCUUUUCAAAGAUCUGAUCAAUGACCCCAAGCAAGACAUUAAGGAACUCGUGCACCGACUCCCGAACGGUACGCGACGCUUUGUCCGCCACAUCGACAGCUCCGGCAAGAAGACCAAGCGCGACGAUCUUAAGAACCCAGACGAGGAUGCUCUGAGCGACCUCAAGGGUGUAUACCGCAUCACGCUCAAAGAUGGUACUAAGCUUGCUCUCGACCUCGCCGGUGCGCAAUAUGACCUUCAUCACAGCACCGUUGAGCCUUGGAUACCCUACCUCAAUCGUUCUGCCAGUGAGAUGAAGUACCGUGUUCCGUUCCGCUCCCACUACGACAAGCACAUGGCGUUUAUGAGCAACUUUCAUCACAUUACGCACAUGACUAUUGAGCUAGAGCAACUGAAGAGCCUGGAUAGUAUGUUGACCUCCUGCAGGAGUACCCCCGGCUUCGAACUCGGAAAUAUGUUCGUCGGCGAUAAUGACCACCUUCUCCUCUGCAGGAACAAGCUCGAGAUGGCCGUAGUCUCCUGUCUCCAAGAGCGCCCUAACCAAAUUGAUGCUGACAAGCUAACGUACAUUGUCGCACCAUUCGACCUUCGCCACCCUACAGUUAUCGAGAAGAUGGACAAAGCUGCGGCCGGGGAAUCGGCGCUGUUCGAUGUCGGCGACAUGAGGAAGUUCGACUGGUCCAAGCUGUCGGAUAUGAUCAAGAUGCCUGGGGAUGUCAUCAAGUACGCGGAGAAGAAGAAGGCAAAGAACCUGCUUCAGUUCCGCUGCGUGUACAAGAUGCCCGGAGAUUGGAGACUGGUGUUUCUGGAAAAUGACUUGCCGUCCGAGAAGGUUCCCCCGAAGUGCAUCAGUGAGAACCCGUAUUGGAAGGGAAAGGGAAAAGGGCAGUAG